CUAGGUCCUGAAAAACAUUAGGAGUAGAGAUAGAUCUGAGUCGCGCCACCGCACCUUUCUGCCUCGACGCCGGUGACUCUCACGUACUGGCGGCGCCGUGACGCUGGAAAGUUUAGCGAACUCCACACAUCCAAACAGACGUUGAUCCAUCGACCCGAACCAAGUACCAACACCGAGAGCUCGGUGAGAUGAUGUCACUGAAGCCCUCUGCAUCCGCCGCCGCCGAAGGCUGCAGGAUUGCCUCAACCCCUCGCUCCGCGCUGACGGCGAGGUCAACACCAUUGCAAGUAAUUAAUAUUUUGGGAAACUUCGUUAGAAUUUGGUCUGUGUAUUCGUUGUAUAGCCACUUGUCCAGUACUGGGGAUUCAAUAGUUGGCUUUAUCUUCAGUUGCCUUGUACCAGCUUCUGUCAUCUUCUUAAUCUUACAGAAGCCUUGGAAAGGUCGGCCUUUGCCCAACUCACAGAUUGUUCCUACAGUUGUCAAUGGCGGAGUUCUGGCAUUAUACUUCGUGUUGUGGGCUAAAGGACUCCUUGCUUGCAGACCACUAGUUGCUCUGCUGGCAGAGUACGCAGGUGCACUUCUUGGAGUUCUCUCUGCUGCUUUAUAUGGAAGGAAAGUUAAUAUAUGGAAAAAGAUUGGAGGACUCGCUGCUAUGCUGCUAGCAUACUAUCUGUUAUCAAAUGGUUGGGCUACAAGAACAAAUUCACCACUAUAUAGCUUUGGAAGUGAACCACUGGAGAAGGCUACAGAAACUACCGGGAUGAAGGAAAUGGUUCUGCCAAUUAGUGCUGGAAUUUUAUCAGCUUUGAGGAGAGUAUUGGCUCGGCGAGUCUCUCUCAAGAAUCAACUCAAAAGGCGACUUCAUGCGAUAACUGUUGCUUCUGCUACAUGUUUUCUUUUUCCAUUUGCAAUGUGGGAUACAAUUCUAGGUUCAACAUCUGACAGCAUAGUUAAAAUGCAACUUCCAAGCUGGGCAUAUUUGAGUACUGUUUUGUUCGGAAUGGUGCUUAUAUUCUAUGUUGAUAAUGUUGCUGAGGAAAGCUUGCAUCUGGUCUUUUCUUCUCCAAGGCACUUAGUGGUUUCAACAGGUUGCAUCAUUAUUUUGGAGAUAUUAUACAAAAUGGAUUUCUCCCUUCCUGGUUUGCUGCUUUGUUCUGUGAUUUUGGGAUUUGGUAUUUUGGAAGCAACCUCCUUGGACCGAUCCAAAAAAAGGCCAUUGGAGGCACAUGAACCGUCAAAUGGAUCACUUCACAAUCAGUUGCGGAUUUCAGAACUUCCAAUGUAGAAUGAGGAUUUUUUUUUGUGUGCGC